AGGAAAGAUUAAUUAAGAAUGAGAGAGGAGAAUACAGACACUAACCUCUAAAUGGUAAUAAACGAGGAACUCGAGAGUCAACGGUCAGAGCGUUGACCAAAUCUCUCACUCUCACCAGCCAAAUCUCUCUCUCUCUCUCUCUCUCUCUCUCCGCCCGAAUCUCACCGGCGAUCUUCGCUUCCUCACCGACGUAUCUGAUUCACCGGGAGGAAGAGAAGCAAUAAUGGCGACUCCGGUUGAUCCACCGAACGGAGUAAGGAGCCAAGGGAAGCAUUACUUCUCAAUGUGGCAAACACUCUUCGAGAUCGACACGAAGUACGUUCCGAUCAAACCGAUAGGCCGUGGCGCGUACGGUGUAGUCUGCUCUUCGGUGAACAGAGAGAGCAACGAGAGGGUGGCGAUCAAGAAGAUACACAAUGUGUUUGAGAACAGGAUCGAUGCGUUGAGGACUCUACGUGAACUCAAGCUGCUACGACAUCUCCGACACGAAAAUGUGAUUGCUCUCAAAGAUGUAAUGAUGGCUAAUCACAAGAGAAGCUUUAAAGACGUGUAUCUUGUUUAUGAGCUCAUGGACACUGAUCUUCACCAGAUUAUCAAGUCCUCUCAAGUGCUAAGUAAUGACCAUUGCCAAUACUUCUUGUUCCAGUUGCUUCGAGGGCUCAAGUAUAUUCAUUCAGCCAACAUUCUACACCGGGAUCUUAAACCUGGUAACCUCCUUGUGAACGCGAACUGCGACUUAAAGAUAUGCGAUUUCGGGCUAGCGCGCACGGGAAACACCAAAGGUCAGUUCAUGACUGAGUAUGUCGUGACUCGAUGGUACCGAGCACCGGAGCUUCUCCUCUGCUGCGACAACUACGGGACAUCCAUCGAUGUUUGGUCGGUCGGCUGCAUAUUCGCCGAGCUUCUUGGAAGAAAACCGAUAUUCCCUGGAACUGAGUGUCUUAACCAGAUUAAACUCAUCAUUAACAUUUUGGGAAGCCAGAGAGAGGAAGAUCUUGCGUUUAUAGAUAACCCGAAAGCUAAAAGAUACAUCGAAUCGUUACCUUACUCGCCGGGGAUAUCGUUCUCUCGUCUUUACCCUGGCGCGCACGUUCUUGCCAUUGAUCUGCUUCAGAGAAUGCUUGUUCUUGAUCCUUCGAAAAGGAUUAGUGUCACGGAAGCGCUUCAGCAUCCUUACAUGGCGCCUUUGUAUGACCCGAAUGCGAAUCCUCCUGCUCAGGUUCCUAUUGAUCUUGAUGUAGAUGAAGACGAGGAUUUGGGUGCAGAGAUGAUAAGAGAGUUGAUGUGGAAGGAAAUGGUUCAUUAUCAUCCAGAAAAUGAUACCAUAAACACUGAGCUCUCUGAGUUCUGAGCUCAAAUCUUUUGCAGUGUCGAAGAGGAAGAGAAGAAGAAGAAAAACAUAUAAAUUACCGCGAUUUGUUUGUGUCAUGGAAGCUCUGUUUUUGUUUUUUUUUGGUGACAAGCUAAAGUGUUUGUAACGUUUGUACAUAAGAGUCCUGAAACCUCUGCCUUGUAAUAUGUCUCCUUAAAACUCAUUACUCUUUGGAUCUUCUUAUUAAUUAGAGUAAUUAGCAGAAUUGGUAUAUUAUCAACAGAAACUAGGAAC